AUGGAUUUUCUGACGCCUCCGAAAAGGCGUACUGCGCGUGCGUGUAUCUACGCGUUCAGCACAACGGGUCGACGACAUCCCACUUACUCGCUGCUAAAAGCAAAGUUGCUCCCCUUAAAAUGGUUUCACUCCCUUGACUGGAACUCUGUGGGGCAGUACUUCUCACAAACUUGGUUGGAAAAACCUCCAUGGACAUGGAAAGCAUAUGUGUCCAAUAGAAUCUCUGAGAUUUUACAAGAAGUAAAUAACGCUAUUUGGCGACACGUCCCCAUCUCCCACAAUCCAGCUGAUUUAGGUACGCGUGGUAUCAAAUUCCAGGAGCUUGUCAACUCCCCUCUAUGGUGGUUUGGUCCAGAAUGGUUAACCAAACCAUCAGAAUUCUGGCCAAAAACUGCCGCCACGCACUCCUCUCCACCAGAACAGCUACAAGCAGAUGCACAUCACGCAGCCGAAAACGCCGAUCUGUUGGAACGCUUCUCAUCCUAUCCAAGGGCACUCAGAGUAGUAGGUUACAUUCUGCGAUUCGUAAACAAGGCAAAAGGGUUGCCUGCUUCUCCCUCACGCUGUAUGAGCCAAGAUGAAAUGAACCAAGCAAAAACGUUUCUCAUGUGGAACACUCAGCAUCAACACUACGGUAAUACGAUCUCCACUCUCUCAGCAUCCAAGCCAAUCAAUAAGAAGGACCCGCUCUUAACGCUCACCCCAUUCUUAGACAAAGCAGGGGUGUUACGCGUGAAUCGACGUCUCAGUUACGCUGCCCUUAGCUAUAAUGAGCGCCAUCCCAUCAUCAUCCCGAGCGACUCAAGACUCUGUACUCUAAUUCUCGCCUUCCUACACUCGACGUUACUUCAUGUCGAAAAGCAAUUGAUGAUUCGCAUGAAGCAGAAAAUAAAAACCUGCAUUUUUCAUUGUAAACCUUGCACCCUAUAUAAACAAAAGACGAAGACACAAAUGAUGGUAGCACUACCCCCCGAGCACACAACCUACCCACUUCCAUUUCAAACCACAGGCGUUGACUUCGCUGGACCCUUUCUGGUAAAAACGUCAACUCUCCGAACAGCAUCAUACUCAAAGGCUUAUGCUUGUGUUUUUGUAUGUUUUAUCACAAAGGCCAUACACCCUGAACUCUGCUCAGAUUUAAGUACCGAAGCGUUCAAAGCCGCAUUUGCUCGUUUCCUCGGCAGACGCGGCAUACUAUGCAAAAUCAUGUCAGACAAUGGACGAACAUUUAUUGGAGUAAAGAUUAGUCUCAAUAAGGAUCUCAUCGCAUUUCUCGUAGAGAUAUCAGCAGGAAAUAUACCGUCCAUGGCCUCACCUGGCAAAUUUAUUCCACCAUAUGCACCCCACAUGGGAGGACUCUGGGAAGCAACAGUGAAGAGUUUCAAAAUCCACUUCACGAAAAUCGCGAACAAUCAUAAGUUCACAUUCGGAAAUUCAAUACUCUUCUCGUGCGUAUUGAAGCGGUCUUAA